AUGGAGACGCAGAUCAGUAUUCCCGAGACACUGGGGUGCAUAGAACUCGGUGUUAUACUCUCUGCGAUGAUAUAUGGAGUCAUGUGCGUGCAAAGCUACAACUAUCACCAACAUGGAUUCAAGGACAAACUGUACAUCCACCUCCUGGUCCGUGCAUCUCUCAUAUUAUCAACUACUCACAUGGUUUUCAUCAUCAUCUCUCUCUAUACAACUACGGUGAAUCGUUUCGGGAAUCCCGAAGCUAUAUUGGAAGCUACUUGGUCCAUCAGUUUUUCGGUAUUUCUUGCCAUGCUAGUGAACUGUCCUGUUCAGAGUUUCUUGGCUUACAAAAUACGCAAUAUGUCCCACAGCUGGGCGCUUACCAUCUUUUCUUGGGUUGGUUCACUAUUUCGUCUCACAACUGGUCUGGCCCUCAGUAUACUGGCUAUUCGAGUUGGCCGUAUCGACCUGUUUGAGAAGAAAUACCAGUGGCUUAUGGUGUGUAACCUUGUGAUGGGUGCUUCGGUGGAUAUCUGGAAUGCGGGAUGGUUGUGUUUCUAUCUAUAUUGGGAACGGCCAAAGUUUUCUGCGUGA